AUGCCGUUUUCUUUAUGCUGGAAGAACGCCAGAGCAACUGGGCCUAUUCCCGUCCCAUCGUGCUACUCGACACGCUCUGGAACCUCAUCUUCUUGCUCUGUCCUGCUCUGUCUUCUCUCUCUGCUGCAGUUGGAAGAGCGCCAGAGCAACUGGGCCUAUUCCCGUCCCAUCGUGCUCCUCGACACGCUCUGGAACCUCAUCUUCGUUCUCGUCGCCAUCGCGACGCUCUCCGUGAGCCGCAACCACAAGGAGGAACCGGCCGCUCCGCUGGGCGUGUGGCUCAUGGGGUACUCGGCGCAGUGCAUCAUCCACAUCGUCUGCGUGCUCGUGGAGUUCGACCGCCGGCAGCAAGGCGGAGCGGAGGAGCGCAGGAGCGACCGGAGCCGGGCGAGGAGGAGCCGCGGAGCGAGCAGGAGCAGCAGACGAGGGCUCCGCGGGUUGCGGAGCGCGAGCGGAGGAGGAGGGAGGGGAGGCAGGGGAGGGGGAGCAGGGGGGAGUGGGAGUUCGGGGGAUAUUCGAGAGGGGUUGUUGCAAAGAGGGAGCGAUGACGAGGAGCAGGAAGCGGAGGGGAGUACGGGGGAGCAGCGGAUAGAAGAUGAUCGGAUUGACAGCAUUGCGAAGCAAAUCGAGUCGGCGAACACCGUCUUUUCGUUCCUCUGGUGGUCCGUCGGGUUCGCGUGGAUCAUCUCCACAUUCGACGACACCUUCGAAGACGCGCCCAUUCUUUCCUGGGUGUGCAUGUCGUUUCUGGCGUUCGACGUGUUUUUCGUCAUCUUCUGCAUCGCGCUCGCGUGUCUGGUGGGCAUCGCCGUGUGCUGCUGCCUGCCCUGCAUCAUCGCGGUUCUCUAUGCCAUGGGCGAACAGGAAGGUGCCACGAACGAGCAGAUUCAGUCCCUCCCGCAGUUCAAGUUCCGCCGGCGAGGCUCUCCGCCAAGCAGCAGCCGCCCGCUCACCGCGUCCGCCGCCCUUUCCGCCAUCACGGAGGCGCUAGGCGUUGCGACCACCAGCAGCAGCACCACCACCAACGCCAGCAGCAGUAGUGGGCUAAAUAGCAGUGCGGCGAAGGGUAGCAGCUGUGAUGAUGGAAACAGCAGUGGUGAUACGGGGGGCAGCAGUGGAAAGGGAACGGCCAGUGCGGGUGCCGAGGGGAGGGAUGAGGUUCGGGUGACGAUCGACGAGCCGGCAGGGGGCGUUAUGACGCAAGUGGGAGGGUCGAGCCAGCCGCCGCGGGAGAGAGAAGUGGCAGACGAUGAUGCGUUGUCCGCCUUUUCUCUCUCCCAGAAUCGCCGCAUCUGCCUGGGAGCACAUGGGGACGCAGUGCUGGUGCUGCUCAGACCCAUUACCCUUCCCCUCAUGUUUUCCUCAUCCUCUCCCUUCUCAUCCUCCCAUCCCUCCCAUCUUCCCAUCCUCUCAUCCUCGCAGGAGUGCUGCAUCUGCCUGGGGCCAUACGAGGACGCAGUGCUGCUGAGGGAGCUGCCCUGCUCACACCACUUCCACUCCGCCUGCGUUGACAAGUGGUUGCGCACCCGCCCCACCUGCCCCCUUUGCAAAUACGACAUCACUGCCCCGCCCAGCGCUGCUACUAGCAGCAGUGGGAGCAGUGGUAGUGCCGGCAUGUCUGCGAACGGGAAGAAGGAAGCGCGCCGAUGGGCCGUCGACCUGGCGGACGCGGCGUCGGGGAUCUCGAGGGACGUUCCCGAUCCGCCUGGAUUCAACCGAAACGCGGCAGAACUGGCGUCCAGUGGCAGCGGAUCCAAGGCGCUGACACAGAAAGAUAAGGCCCUUGACCCAGCAAAGAAGCAGGAGCGUGCAUGGGCUCUGGCCCAGUCUCCCACCAAGAAUCUCCUCAUGAUGGGAUUCAUGCUCUGGAUGGCCGGCAGUACAGUGCAUCUUUUCAGCAUCGGAAUCACCUUCUCCAUCCUCUGGCAACCCAUCUCAGCACUACGGACCAUCAAUGCUGCAUUUGAGCCGUUCAAGGACCCCAAGGUGGAUGUGGUGCUGCCAAAGAUGAUGUAUGCCGCAGUCAACCUCUUCCUCCUCUCCAUCGGCCUCUGGAAGCUACUCCUUGCUAUUCCUUGUAAUUUUGAGCUCUAG